UUCUCCCUUUCGAUUGACUUGGUAAAAACGAAUCCCUAAAAAAUAAAAAAAAAACCAUAAACGACGUCGUAUCCAAUCACGUGACCGACACCAAAUCAACAAAACCUUCUCCUCCUUUCAGUAACACCUUCAUCAAUCAAUCUUCCCAACCAAAAACCCCUGAAACAACUCUCUCUUGUUUCUCUCUCCUCAUCUGAAACCUCGAACAAAUCAAUCAAUGGAUAGCAUAUUGAGAGCUUUAGGGUCAGGCCCAAACCCGGAAGACUACAUGGGCCUAGAAUUCUGGGCCGACCCAGAACGGGUCGGGUGGCUCAACAAACAAGGCGAGUACAUCAAAACCUGGAGACGCCGUUGGUUCGUCCUCAAACAAGGGAAGCUCUUGUGGUUCAAAGAAUCAACCGUCACCCGCACCUCUGUUCCACGUGGCGUUAUUCAAGUGGGCCGUUGCCUCACCGUCAAAGGUGCCGAGGAUACGCUAAAUAAACCCUUUUCCUUUGAGAUCGCAACCUCGGACGGUUGUACGAUGUACUUCAUUGCAGAUUCUGAUAAAGAGAAGGAAGAAUGGAUUAACUCUAUUGGUCGAUGUAUUGUUCAACACUCUAGAUCUGUCACUGAUUCCGAGGUCGUUGACUAUGAUUCUCGUCGUUAGUUUUCUUUAAUUAUUGUAAAGGUUUUUUUUUUUUAUUUUUUUUAAAUUACUCACUUAAAUAAUAAUGAUAUUGUUAUUACUCCGUAUAAUGUUUUUGGCUUGAUUGAUUGUUUGUUCUUUAUUGAUUGGAUUUUGGUGUUGAAUUAGGGAAUUGACUUGUUUGUUAGUGUUUUGGGUUUUAAUGUUGGUAAUUUGUGCUCGUUUUUAGUCGAUCACAGUGAAAUUAGGCAAAUUCUGAGUUUAAAUGGUGUUCCCCUCAACCUCUUGUGGGCACGAUGAUCUAUGGCACAG